UUCAAUGCAGGCUGUAGUUCUGCCAACGAUGGUCCUAUGGGCAUGGCCAGUGGUUUAAUACCAGACAGUAGACUGUCAGCCUCGGCAUAUGGUGAUAGUAUCAGCAAGGCUGAUAUUCGAAUAACUGGCGGAGGUUGGUGUGCUCGCCGCAAGACUGGAAACCCGUGGGUACAGGCCGACUUGGAGCAGGCAUGCAAUGUGACUGGCAUACAAUACGCCGGUGGGCCUGAUGAUGGAACACCAGACAGGUUCAUUGUGAUGUACAGCGCUAAUACUAUCGACCAACUGCAGAAUGUCAAGAACGAGGAGCAAACUGGUGACGCUGUGUUCGAUGGGACCACCCGAGAUGUUGUGGUAACUGCGAGAUUCCCGACGGCUGUUUACGCAAGAUACAUCAGGCUGAAACCCCCUACGUGGGAUUGGAAUGUUGAAUACAAGAACGGCAACCCUUUUUGCUUGCGAUUUGAGCUGCUUGGUUGCCGCUAAAUGCGCCCCCAAGCGAUGGAAACGACACAGUAUCGUCUGGCAACAAUGUUGCAAACACAAAGCUACAUCUAUAUUAAAUUAAAUUUAAUAUAGCUCUAUGGUUGUU